AUGCAGGCUGCCAACUGUAAUAGGUAUGUGGUCGCAUAGCAACUGCACCCCAUAAAUUCUUCAUUCCUCCUAUGUCCAUUAUCCUUAUCCACGACUGUUGCCGACGAACGGUUCUAGUGAGAGUCCGAACCGCCAGACGAGCAAAAUUAUUGUUUUAGUAAUUGCAUCUGCUUCUGGACUGCCUUCUGGAAAUCACCUCGCCUUCAUCUACCGGACACUCGCCACCUUUGUAUGUUUGUUUCUCGUAGUCUUCUAUUUGUUUCAUAUUCCCCAUGUCUGCCGUUUUCUUUUUGCAUAUUUUCUUUCCCAGUAUGUUCCCUGGGUGUUAGAAGUAGUUGCAGUUCACUAGAGUGGGUGUGCACGUGAGCCGCAGAACUUGCGAGCCAAGCUCGCAGCGAACUUAAAGGACGGUUGGGAUAGUAAAUAGUCCAUCAACGGAGGGUACCGUCAUUUCUUAUUGCUUGUUUAUUUUAGACCAAUAUCGGUGACAGGGCCUCGGAUAUGACCGUAGACAGUAAACCAAACGAUCUAUAUGCCAAGAAUGAAGUUUUCGAAGACGAGCGAGGCAGGCUGAGUGUCGCAGAUGUGUCGCAUAUCAGCGUGUAUGAUGUACAGGACGAAGUUUCUCCCAGCCGUGGUUGUCCAUGUUUCAAAAGGCGUCGAAUUCCUGUUGGCGACAUCGAACAUGAAAACUGUCACCUGUCACAGUGCCCCACUUCGACGAAAAAGAACUCUAAUACGGGUAAUGUUGCCAACCGCCUCUUUAAUUUGCGUUUCGCAGUAUCCUUCUUCGCCUUUCAUAAUAAACGUAGACCUCAGCUAGGGCUUCAACUUCACCCUCUUCUUCUAGGUUCCCUGCAUCCACUGUAUGUGCUUGAUUUAUUGACCGGCUAG